CUCUUCUUCCGCUUAAUUUCUUUCCCUUAUCGCAAUGGCGCCCAUCCGCCUGGCCAUCAUUGGCCUUUCCUCGUCAGCUGUCACUUCCUGGGCCAGCAGCGCUCACCUUCCCUAUCUACUCUCAGCACGCGGCCGCACCAAGUACGACAUCGUUGCACUGUGUAAUUCAAGCGUCGAAUCGGCUAAGCAGGCUAUUAACACCUACGGUCUCAACGUUGAAAAGACUCGAGCCUACGGCGAUCCCAAGGCACUUGCUGCUGAUCCUGAUGUUGAUCUCGUGGUUUGCUGUACACGAGUGGACACGCAUUACGACCUCAUCAAGCCCAGUAUCGAAGCCGGGAAAGCUGUCUUUGUCGAAUGGCCACUGACCCAUGACGCGGCCCGUUCGCGGGAACUGGCUGAGUUGGCAGCCGAGAAGGGCACUCUUACAAUGGUCGGGCUACAGGGCCGGCUAGCACCCGUGGUUUUGAAGCUCAAGGAAAUUCUACACGGUGGAAGCUUGGGAAGGAUGUUGAGUAGUGAGGUCAGGGCUCAUGGCGGCACAAUCGAUCGCGAGAUGGUUGCUGAGGGGCUGGGAUACUUCGCGGAGAAGAAAAUUGGCGGCAAUAUUUUCAUGAUAGGGUUUGCUCACAUGUUCGACUAUAUCCAGUCGGUCGUAGGGGAAGCCACAGGAACUCAUGCUCAACUUCAGCUGCAACGGCCCGAGAUGAAGUUGCGAGACAACUCCAUGAAUACCAUUACGAAAACGGUCAUAUCUGAUGUGCCAGAUCUGAUCACAGUCACAGGGUCUCUGAGUGGCUCAGAAGUGACUCAAGAGGGGGCGACUUUGCUAGUCCGCUUCCGUCGCGGACAGCAAUUCAAGGGAGAGCCCGCCCUAACUUGGCACAUCAAUUGCGAGAAGGGCGAAAUCCGCCUCACUUCGCCUGGCGGCACUUCCAUUCAUGCGGGCUCUUAUACUGAUCCGGUGACAAUCGAGGUGCACAACUUUGACGCAGACGAAGUGCGCAAUAUACAAUGGGAAUGGCCUAAGUGGCAGGAGGAACUCAGCCUGCCGAUUGUGGGACGCAGUGUAGCAAAGUUGUAUGAUGCUUUUCACGCAGAGGCUGUCGAAGGAGGCCCACGGACAUAUCCAAACUUCUCAGACGCAGUUGAGCGCCACGAGCAACUAGCAAAGCUUCUGGCAAGCUGGAGCAGUGCUUGA